AUGGGAACAAAAUUUGACAAGCUCGGCGGCUGUAGGAACAAGAAACGAACCUCAGUUUUACAACCAGAAGAUCCAAAUUGUGUUGUUAAUGAGGGAAUUUCUCUAAGGAAAAAGAGAAGAUAUUCCAACAGAAAUAAUAAUAAUAAUUCUUUAAAGAUAAAUUUAUCUCAUAAUUCUCUUUUAGAUGAAGGUGAUGAUAAUUUUGAAGACUCUGAAAAUAUAUUUGGAGGCAAGAAUAUAGAGGGUGGUUUAUUUACCAAUAAUAAUCUUAUUAUUGAUGUAGAUGACACACAAGUUACCGAUUUUGGAGGCAGGACUCAGGAUUAUACGAUAUCCAACUUACCUACCAAAAAGAAACUAAAAGUAAGAAAAAUAUUUCAAGAUAAAGCUAAUGUACAAAAAGAAAAUUUGGUUCCAGUAGCCUGUAUUGACUCUGUCCCAAAAUCAUUCUUUCCUUUUCAGUACUUCAACAAGAUGCAAUCAGAAUCAUUUGAAAAGGUCUUCAAGACAGAUAAUAAUUGUGUUAUUUCUGCACCUACAGGGUCAGGGAAAACAGUUCUUUUUGAGUUGGCAAUUUUACGAUAUUUAUCCAAUUUUUCUGAAUCCAUUGAGAAUAAGAAGAUUUUAUACAUUGCACCAACCAAAUCUCUUUGUGCAGAAAUUACAAAUAAAUGGAAAGAAAAAUUUAGUAACUUAACUGUCGUAGCAAUAACCGGAGAUUCCACAUCCUACGAAAUAAAUUCUGUUAAAAAAUCACAAUUAAUAAUUACUACCCCAGAAAAAUGGGACUUAUUAACGAGAAAGUGGACAGAUUACCACAGGUUAUUUGAGUUGAUUCAACUUGUUUUGGUGGAUGAGAUACACACUAUAGGCGAAAUGCGUGGAGCCACCCUGGAAGCGGUACUUACAAGAAUGAAUACAUUAUGCAAAGGAAUUAGGAUUAUUGCUGUUAGUGCAACAAUUCCAAAUAUUAUAGACAUUGCAACUUGGCUGAAACAAAAUACAUCAGGUAAGUUAGCAACCGUUCUUAAAUUUGAUGAUGCAUAUCGACAAGUUAUAUUAAAUGUGAAUGUUAAAGGGUAUAAUUUUAAUUGUAAAAACGAAUUUCAAAGAGAUGCCAUAUAUAAUCGGAAACUCUUUGAACUUAUUGAACAGUACGGUGAAAAUCGACCAGUACUUAUUUUUUGUCCAACCAGAGCAUCUACAGUUAAUACUGCGAAAUAUAUUAGUAACAAUAUAUCUGCUAAUGGUGUAGUUUCAAUGACAUUGACGGAUAAAACCCUUCGCUUUUGUAUGACCAAAGGGGUCGCUUUCCACAAUGCAGGAUUAAUAUUAGAAGAUCGGUCAAUGGUGGAAGAAGCAUUCCUCAAGGGGACAGUACGUAUUCUAUGUGCAACUUCUACUUUGGCGGUCGGUGUCAACUUACCUGCUUAUUUAGUAAUAAUUAAAGGAACGCAAAUGUGGUCCUUAUCGGAAAUGGUUGAAUAUUCCAAUUUAGACACACUUCAAAUGAUAGGAAGGGCAGGUCGUCCUACGUUUGAGAAGACUGGUUGCGCAAUAAUAAUGACGGAGCAAAAGAUGGUAUCCAAAUAUGAGAACCUUGUUUCAGGAAGCGAUAUUCUUGAGAGUAAAUUGCACCUACAAUUACGUGAGCAUAUGUGUUCUGAAAUUUCAUUAGGAACCAUUAAUUCCAUAAAAAGUGCAGUGGUUUGGAUAAAAAGUACUUUUUUCUACGUUAGAUUUUUGGUAAAUAGAUCAGCAUAUAGUAUCAUCGGUCACUUUGGUGGGUUUGAUGCUGAAGAAAAUCUGGAGCAGUUUUGCCAAAAACUGUUGAAGUCCCUGUGUGAAGCUAAUUUAAUUGUACGAAAUGCAGAACGAAUUUGUUGUAAUGCUUUUGGGCAUGCGAUGGUAAGACAUUAUAUAUCCUUCGGGACAAUGUCCCGUAUUUUGAAAUGUAAGGAAUUCUUAAAUAUUCAGGAAGUAUUGGGUACUGUAAUUCAAGCAGAAGAAUUUAAGGAUUUACGGGUGAGACAAAACGAAAAGAGACUCUAUAAAGAGAUCAAUCUAUCUCCAUUAACGAGAUAUCCGUUCCUCACUCUUAAAAAUCAAAGUAUGAUAAUAGAUCAGACAAACCAAAAGGUGUCUCUGAUUAUUCAAUAUGAUUUGGGUGGUCUUGAAUUUCCAAAUUAUGAAGGAGCGCAAAAGUUACACCAUGUUCUCAUUCAAGAUAAGAUUAGAAUAUUUAAACAUUGCUAUAGAAUCUUGAGAUGCAUGAUAGAUUGCUAUAUUGAAAAGAGUGAUGGUAUAUCUCUUGAAAAUAGUCUUUUCAUGCUGAGGUCAAUUAAUGGGUCAUGUUGGGAAGAUUCCCCGAUGAUCUUAAGGCAAAUUAAAUCUAUUGGUUUAGUGUCAGUAAGAAAAUUAGUUAGAAAUGGUAUUACUGACUUUCAAGAAUUAAGAAAUACCACCGAUCAAAAAUUGGAAUAUUACUUAGGCUUGAAGAUGGGAAAUGGACUAAAACUCAGAAAAGAUUUUGGGUUGUUACCAACGUUUGAGUUAAAGUAUCGGAUUGAAAAACAAGCGAAAGUAGGUAAUAAUAUUGAAGUUUCAUUAAGAAUCGAUGUGAGCACCAGUUGUAAAUCUAACAUAUGGCACGGUAAACGUCUUUCAGUGGAUAUUACUUCCAGGUACAGUUCAGGAAAAAUAAUCGAUUUUAGGAGGAUUCAAAUAUCACAGUUACAAUAUCCCAAAAAUUUUAAGAUCAAUUGUACUAUAUCUUCCUUAAAAGAUGAGGUGAAAAUUUCUGCGAAUUGUCAGGAAAUUGCAGGUUUGAAUGAGACGAUCCAAUUUUCUGCAAAGGAGUUGUCUAAUUCUAGUACUGAGAUUUUUGAAAAGGCAGCAAUGGAUUUGUCUUCCUCUAAGUCGCAUGUGAGUAUUCUCGAUGACAUUGUUUCGAGUAGUUCGGAUGAAAGUUUAUAUAAUUUCUUCAUUGACCAUCCAUCACGGAAUGCAUCAGGUACUAUCGUAACCUCCAAACAGAAUGAAUCAAAUAAUAGUGCUUCCUUUGAAGGUCGUCAGCUUUUGCCAAACGGGAACUAUGAGUGUCAGCACACAUGCAACAGAAAGGGUGAGUGUCGGCAUUUAUGUUGCCAUGAGGGUAUCCCGAAAGAAUUGAUCAAAGGUAGACGAAUAAGCCCAAAGAACUUAAUUUCAGAAAAAUAUGUUUCAUCGAUAGAGAACAAACCAGCUCAGGUAGCUCAAAAUUUCAAUAAAGUAAUAAUAUCUCAAAGCUCAGCAAGUGAGGAGUGCUGCCUUUCCUCUUAUGAUACAGGUGGUAAAGUUUUAGAAGAUGAAAGUCAUGAUUUUGAACAUCUCUUUAACUCGCCAGAUAUAUCCGUUAAGAGUAACGGUGACAGUGUUAGUUUGAAUUCAAAAGCCAUUUUAGAAAAUCAGUUGUCAAUUGAGGCAGAACAGUGCAAAAAAGAUAUUUUCGAAUCGUCCUUAGAGAAAGAUUGUGAAAAUUGUUCUGUAAAUUUAAGUUUCCUAGGUUCUGAUAUUGAAUUGGGAAGCUAG